CUGUUCUGUUCCUGUUCCUCUUCCUCUUCCUGUUCCUGUUCCUGUAUACCGUCAUUCAACGCAUUUCUUUUCUUUCUUCUAGUUCUGUCGGGCUCGAGGUAAUCUCCCGAGACCCAUUUAAUUUUUGAUUAAUGCUGUCCUCUUCCGUCGUCUUCAUCUCGUCGUCCCAACCUGGCAUUCCUUUCCCUAUCAUAUAACUAACCAACCCUCUGUCUUCUUCUUGUCGCCUGGUUCUUAGCUAUUUUCUUACUCCCAAAUCUCCAGCAUCGACCAGGAAAUCCAUCCACCCCUCUAACGACGCACACGAGCUUCUAUCGUACCUCCUCGCGCCAUAUUCCCCUUAGGUUGUUUCACCGUUCCGCCGUUUCGCCGUCGAGUUUCGACCUUGAUCCAUUGCCCAUGUCCCUGUCACGAUCACCCUCUCCCCACCCGGGAGGAGGGUGGUCUAGCCCCAGUUUGACCCCAGGAAGUGGCACUUCAACCCCUCAAAGUGGCUUUUACUCCACGAGUCCCUCGGGCCCCUGGCUAGCCGCGAAAGCGAAAAGCGACGAGGCUCGAGGCUAUCCGUCAUUUUCGACGAGAAAUAAUGGUUUCUUUUCACGCUCGAAACGUCAAAUUACCGCCACCCUUCCCCGGUUCCGCGUCGGCUCGACGUCUCCGAGCGGAUAUGUCGACAAGGACGAAUAUCGGCAUGGGCAGGGAUGGGGCUGGCACUCGACUGGUGUUGGGCGAUCGAUAUUGCGACGCAGGAGAGCACGCCUGCUCGUGGCCUUGCUUCUGGUCUGGCUGGGGUACUUGUUCUUGUGGACACCGGUUAUCCACAAUUUCAGGCGAUCGACGUUUGGAGGGGGGCGUAAGUUCGUGAUUAUCCUGGAAUCCAAUGUGGAAGGCGGCGUCAUGGAGUGGAAAGGCGCAAGGGAAUGGGCUAUCGAACGCACCAGCACCACCAAUAAGAAAGAGUACGCCCAACGAUGGGGGUACGAUCUCGAGAUUGUCAACAUGCUGGCAAAGAAGCGAUAUUCGCAUGAAUGGCGCGAAGGUUGGGAGAAGGUCGAUAUUCUGCGCGAAACCAUGCGCAAGUACCCCGAUGCGGAGUGGUUCUGGUGGCUCGACCUCAAUACGUAUAUCAUGGAGUAUUCUUACUCGUUGCCAGACCACAUUUUCAAUCGUCUAAGCGGAAUCGCUUACCGUGACAUUAACGAGUACAAUCCCUUAAAUAUUAGCCACCCACCGAUAGAACCGUACCUCGAUGAAACCUCUCGCUCAGCCAGUGCAGAUCAAGACCCGUCGUCGAUUCAUUUCAUCCUAUCUCAGGACUGCGCGGGGUUCAAUCUUGGAUCGUUUUUCGUCCACAGGUCUCUCUGGUCAGAGCGUCUGUUGGACAUUUGGUGGGAUCCUGUCAUGUACGAGCAAACCCAUAUGCAAUGGGAGCAUAAGGAGCAGGACGCGCUUGAGUAUCUCUACACCACCCAGCCUUGGAUUCGCAACAGUAUCGCCUUCCUGCCUCAGCGUUACAUCAAUUCUUUCCCCCCUGGAGCAUGCGGCGACGAGCUGGAUCCGACUUUUCACUAUACGGAGGGAUCCCGAGACUUUCUGGUCAAUAUGGCGGGAUGUGAUUUCGGCCGCGACUGUUGGGGUGAGAUGCAUGAGUACCGCGAAUACAGCCAAUGGCUGAACCGCAGGCUAUGGGAGCGCAUCAAAGACUGGUUCCUUGAUUCUUACGACACCCUAUUCAGCAAAGGCCCGCAGCAGUCUUAGGCUACAUGAAACAUUCGACGAAUUUGAUGCCGUUUAUCUUUCUUGACCUGUUUAACUAUUUUUUUUUUUUCUUUCUUUUUUUUAUCGUCGGUUUAUGGUUUGGUUACAGCAGUGCCAGCCAGAAGCAGUUUCACUUGGCGUGGCGUUGGGGUUUCAGGAUGAUCUUUAGGUUACUAUACAUCCACUGCGUACGAAUAAUAGACAAUGUUGUACGUACUCCA